AUGUCCCGAAUAUGGAUGGAGAGCAUCGUUUCUUUACCAGGCAUUCCCCACAGCGUGCUGUCGGUGCCUAUGGAAAAUAAAUACAAAUGUCAGCAGUGUCUCCAGGUCCUCAGGAAGCCCGUCCAGGCUCAGUGCGGCCACCGCUUCUGCGUACACUGCUUCAAGCAGCUCACCAGUUCGGGCCCAAAGCCGUGUGAAGCCUGCCGUGAGGAGAAGAUCUACGAGGAGCCCACCUCCAUCCUCAACGUUGGCGACGCUUUUCCAGACAACGCGGCCAGUCGAGAAAUAGCCAGCCUGCCCGCGCAGUGUUUGAACCCAGGUUGCGCCUGGAAAGGAUCCAUCAAAGAAUACGAGACGCAGCAUGAAGGCUCUUGCGAAAUGGAGCGCGUGCAGUGCGAGGCCUGCAAGGACUUCCUGUUGCGCUCGGAGAUGGAGAAACACUGCGAGAGGGAGUGCGAGGCCCGAAUUCUCAACUGCAAAUACUGCAAAGUGUCUUGCAGCUUUAAAGACAUCAAGGCUCACGAUGAAGUUUGCCUCAAGUUCCCCAUGCAGUGCAAAGACUGUGGCAGAAAGAAGAUCCUGAGAGAAAAGUACAGCCUUCACGUUCGAUUUUGCAAUAAGCCCAAGCAUUCCUGUCCCUUUAUUGAACUGGGCUGCAAAUAUGAAAAUAACAGCGGCAAGCUGAGUGAGCAUGAGAAAAACAGCACCGCCGAGCACCUGCGCUUAGUACUUCGCCAGGUUCUUUCGGUGGCCCCGCCUCAAGCAGAGGCCCUGCUCCUCAGCGAGUGCCAGGAGGAUUCAGGUCUGGGCCUGUACAGGGCUCCUGAGGAGGGAGCCUCGUCCCAUGAGCCCACCACAGACCUGGAUAAGAAGAUAAGUGCCCUGGAGAACAUCGUGUGCGUUCUGAACCGUGAGGUAGAGCGGAGCUCUGUGACGCUGGAGGCCUUCUCGCACCAGCACCGUCUGGACCAGGACAAGCUGGAGAACCUGAACAACAAGGUUCAGCAGCUGGAGCGGGCCCUGGCAAUGCGCGACUUGCAGCUGUCCGAGACGGAGCAGCUGGUGCGAGAGCUUCAGUUCUGCACCUACGACGGCAUUUUUGUCUGGAAGAUCUCAGACUUUGCUCGCCGUAGGGUCGACGCCGUGGCGGGUCGGACGCCUACCAUGUUCUCACCAGCAUUCUACUCCAGCAAGUAUGGCUACAAAAUGUGCCUGCGUUUGUACCUGAACGGCGACGGCACGGGGCGGGGGACGCACCUGUCGCUCUUCUUCGUGGUCAUGCGGGGGCGCUGCGACGCGCUGCUCAAGUGGCCCUUUAGCCAGAAGGUGACGCUGAUGCUGCUGGACCAGAACAACCGCGAGCACAUCAUCGACGCCUUCCGUCCGGACGUCUCGUCCACGUCCUUCCAGCGGCCUGUGAGCGAGAUGAACAUCGCCAGCGGCUGUCCGCUCUUUUGCCCGCUGGGGAAGCUGGCCGGGAAGAGUCCGUACCUGCGCGACGACACCAUCUUCAUCAAGGCCAUCGUGGACCUGACGGGCUUGUAAGGUGAAGACUGUGGAAGUUGCCACCAAAAAAAAGCACCAUUCAUACCUAUAUAGAAUAUUAGCAUAUAUAUACACACAGCUAAUGCGAAAAGCUGUUAGAUGAGCCUAUAUAAGAUUAUCAUAAUACUGUAAUAAUACAUAACAUAGUAUUUGCUUGGCUUAAAACAAUGUAAUAUCUGUUCAAUGCUGUUUGGCUAAGUUGUAUUGCAUAUUCCUACGACAGCUAACGAGAACCAAUACAUGAGCUGUAAUUAAAUCAUAUACACAUUGUUAAAUAUCACACCCAUUUGUGUACAUCAAACAAUGAUUAUUAUUAUAUAUCUUUUUUCAUAGAUAAAACACAGCCGUAAUAUUAGACAAAAAAAAGUCAAAUUUGAAGCUUUUUUUUUACAUAAUUCAAUAUAUACAUAUUAUACAUAACAGCAUAUGAGAUCAUAUGUGCGUUUAUAUAAAAACCCAAAUAUGAUCAUUGUGUGGCUCAUGUAUUGGCUCUUACUACCCGCCUUGUAAACUUUAUUACUUGUAUAAAGUAAUAAAGUAUAUCUAUUUAUCUAUGUAUUAUUAUUAUUCAAUCAGUGACUCUCUUCGCUAUAUGUAUCUGAGUCUACAAGUUAAAAACAUUCAGAUCAGUAAUAAAUGAAAUGGUCAA